CUUCUUUCUGGAUGCAUUUCUUGGUUUCCUGGCACUUGCUCUCCAGUGAAGAGUGACGCCAGGCAUGCGAUCAUGCGGCUUUCCUGUUAUUGUUGUGAGAUCGAAAAGUGUGGGGCAGUGAGGGGCGGUGCAGUGGCGCAUCCUCACAGCUGAGAGCUACAAGGAAUAAAGUACAGGAACCCCCCCAAAAGGCAUCGCAGUUGAAGAAACCUUCUUUCCUUUCAUCUGACCAUCCAUUGAAUCUACGCGGUUCACUAUAUUGCCAGUCUUACCAUGUCAAAGGAGAUCAGAGCCUUUCAGGUCUCUCGCUCACUCGGCGCGUUAUUAGGCGUCCAUGCAGGUGACUCACUGGGUGCAACUCUCGAAUUCCAAAACUACCAUCAAAUAAAAAAGAAAUAUCCAGAUGGACUGCGCGAGAUUAUCGGCGGAGGUGGAUUCCGAUGGCCAGCGGGACAUGCGACAGACGAUACUGAUCUCACACGGGCAGCAGUGUUAGCCUACGUGGAUCGUAAAAAGGCCAGGACCACGGGUGGGAAACAUGCACAUGACUUCGACGUGGUGCGGUCUACGGCGGAUCAUUGUGUGGACUGGCUAUAUGGAUCAUGGCCAGGUCGUAAACCUGGGAGCGCUCCUGUCGAUAUUGGCAAUGCGACCCAGGUGGGGUUGCAAUUGUACCAAAAGACAGGUGAUCCGAGGAGGGCGGGAGCGGGACGAGACCAGGCGGGAAAUGGAAGUCUGAUGAGGUGCAUACCGACGGCACUGUUUGCGGAGUCGAGAGAUAAGAGGGUGAUGGAGAGUUGGGAGAUCAGCGCCAUCACGCACAACGACUUCCGGUGCAGGGCAGCAUGCAUGGUUUAUAACGAGAUUGUGGCCGCACUGAUAGAUGGGAAGACGGUGGAAGCGGCCAUAAGGGAGGGUAAGAGGGUGAUUGAGGAAUGGGAUGCACCCAUCUUGGACGAGGCGAUUGAGAGAGGGAGGAGACUGGACUUGAAGAUGCUUGCCGAGAAAGGGCCUGGGUCGGAGCAUUCGGACUUGACCAGAGGAUACGUCUUGAGUGCAUUCACACUGUCUAUUGCAGCCUUGUUCGACGGGAGAAGCUUUGAGGAUGUCGUGGUUGAUGUGACGAGACUUGGAGGGGAUACGGAUACGAAUGGAGCGAUUGUUGGAGGAAUGUUGGGGGCGAAGGUUGGGAUUGAGGGUAUUCCGGAUAGGUGGGUUAGGAAAUUGCAGUUCAGGGACGAAUUUGAGGCCGCAGUGAGAUACUUGGUGUAAGCAGUUCAACAUGAACAUGUGCUAUACUAGCGAUGAUGAUGCUGUGAGGAAGAAGAGGAGUGCGGUCUCUCUGUAGAACUCGGAUGUACCUGAACAAGCAAGCGAGGGAAGGUAUUCGUCUACAAUAAGUGAAUGAUACAAGCGUACGAGGGAUGAUGUUGACGAUGUACGCAGGUACCUAGGUGCCUCAUGUAUGUACAUGUAGCAUAAUUACUUGACUACCUAGGUAGGUUAUAGGUAUCUACAUAAAGAGAGGACCAUAGUUAGUAUAAACACCCAACACUGGUUA